CUUUUCCAACACUAAAACGCCUGCGCUUGUAAAAUUUUAUUUUGUUACAAACGGAGUAGGAAUUAGUCUCCAGUCCGUACUUAAAUAUAAGAAUUUAUAGCCACACUGCGUUGAUCAGAAGGGGCGAUUCAGUAAAAGAAGGAAAAUAUGGACAUCGAGCUGAGUCUGGACGAGAUCAUAGAGCGAAAGCGCGGCCACGGCGGCCGUCCUCCCAUUGACAAGAAGUUCAAUGCCAACUACACUAAGCCGCGCGGUGUACUCAACAAGCCCGCUUUCAAGGCAGGAGGAGGAGGUGGCUCCCAGUCAGAUCCGCCGGCACAGCGGUCCUUCGAUGCCCGGAACAAAAUCAUCCAGAAAACACGUGCCAAGAUAGCCGACGCCCGGGAUCUACUCAACCAGAGUAGGCGCGAGUCGGGCUUCGAUGCCCGCCAGCUGCUUCUGGAUCGUAAGAAGGGUCGUCCGCUGGGUCCCACCACAAGUGCCGACGGGGAGCCAAUGCCCACGUCGCGCCACGCCCGCGGAUCGGUGCACAUGGGACACUUUGGGCAGCGCACCAUCACCAUGUCGAACCGCCCAGGCGGCACUAUCCAGGCGGAGUGGGACUCGGACGAGGAGCUCGUGGGUCUAGGUGGUGGUGGUGGUGGCAUUGCGGGCGUUGAUAUUGUACACAAACCAACGGGACUGCGUCGCCAAUACAAUUCCAGACCCAACCAACCGGGCAAACCGUUCGGUCCACGUGGCUACGUUGACCAUGAUAAUAUGCAGGACCUCGAAGAUGAGGAAAUCACGCGCACCCUGCACUUUGGCCACUACACCAGCCAGCCACUGCCGCCGCGCUACACCUUUGGUGGCUUCGACCUCAAUCGCGACGACGAUGUGGAGAUGUCUACGGCUCCGCUCAAGAACAACAUAGCCAGCGAUCCAUUUUCCAUAUACGAGGUGGCCCGCAAUCGCAUCGAGCGUCCAUCACUGCCCACCCCGCUGGUGGUUGGGCGCACGGACACUAGCGAGAAGCUCUUUGAGCGCCGUCAGCGCAACAUGGUAAACACCAACAAUUUGCCGGAAUCUCUGCGGGCUCGUCUGUUUGGCGGUGAGCCGGAUCGUCGCGUAUCUCAUGGGAUCUAUGCCAACGAGAACAGAGGAGGUGGUGGUGGUGUUGGAGGCGGCGGCGGCGCUGGUGGUGCACUUUCGAUGGCCCACCCGAUGACUAUGCGCCGUUCGCCACCCACACUGCCCCUGGGGGCAUCGAACAGCAAGGCCGGGUAUCGGCUGUUGGUGAGCAAUCUGCAUGCUAACGUGACCACUGCCGAUAUACGCGAGCUCUUUAGCGAUAUCGGACCGAUGUACGAUGCCCAUGUAGUGCGCCCGGGCACCGCCGAGGUCAUUUACAAGUCCCUGGAACAUGCUGAAAUGGCCGUGGAUGCGUACCACCAACGCGAGUUCGAUGACCAGCCAAUGCACUGUGUGCUGGUCAAUCCACACUCCUCCCACCGCUCGGCGCACUCCGCCAGCUCUCGCACCGUGACCACCAACUCGUCCGGCGUGGAGGUGGACAUCGAUGCGCUCCACUCGGUGCUAUUCCGGGACCACUAGGCAUUGCCCGCGGACACUGGCAACUAGGCAAUUUUCCAGCUACAUUAUUCGUCAUCUCCUUAGUAUUAAGGCCAACAAUUUAAACUUUAGGCGCGCUUGACCCAUACGAAUCAGUCCACCCGGCGUUUGUUUAGUAAACUAGCGAGUUAAAACCAUGUGUUUUUUUUGCUUCGAGGUGAUCCAUCCAUGUUGAUGAUCCUCGGUCAACUUCAAAAUGAAUUGAAAAGAAAACAACAAUCCAGAAAUAUAAA